AUGGGUUUCAGAGCGACGUUGUUUGUGGUGUUUAGUUCACUGAUUGUCAUUUUUACGGAAUGUUCUGUGGACGACAGCUCUCCAUGGGAACGAGACCUUAGCGCCUCUUCAAGAGAAGGUGCCGCCCUACGUGCAGUUGAAUGCUGGGAGUUUGCCCACGUCACGACUACCGCGACCUCCCCCACCCCAAACAGCCUCGAUAUAAGCCAUCCAAGAGAUAUCGCCAAAUCAGCGGAAGAGAGAUUGACAAACAAUCCAAACACUGGGACACAAAAGCGGCCUCCGUGCAGUUAUGUUUUCUUAUGGAAUAUCGGUAAACACACCUCCACCGGUACCCACACAAGGAAGAUAAAAACUACCCGCGGUACAGCCGCACCCCCUACAGCAGGAAGAGAUGGCAUCGCCCUUAACCAGGGUCGUCAUGACGACGAUACUGGAGUGACAGGUACCCAUUCCGAUGAAAAUUCAGGAAUGAAUGAUAAGAGACUCCAGAAUAAGCCAGGAAGAGUAGCACCCAAUCUUGACUCUUUAAGAGAGGUACUUGAGGCAUUAAACGUCUUGGGUCGGAAAAGGCGGGAAGCUACUUCGUCGUCUGCAAAUGACGUCACGGUGCGAAGAAGCGCGAGUGUAAGGGAGAGCCUGAUCUCCAAGGCCUGCUGCCGAGCGGGGAGGCAUUUUGGCGGGAAUCCAGAAAUUGCAGACUGUUCGGGAGCUUCCGGUCGGUUCGUGUCGGGAAACAUCGCGGUGUUGACCGACCUUCGUAGGAUCUGCGUCGGCCAUUUCGUCGACUGUUGCAAGGCGAAACAAAAUGAACUCAGAAUGCAACGAGCCGGACCAGAAACCGUCCCCGAGCAGCAGGAAGAAAUUACAGACAACCACAGCGAGGAGGAAAACGAAGACGAAAGUCCUUUGCCAGAACCUCCGACUGACCAAAACACACGGAUAGCGACACACUCCGAAGUCCAGCUGGCGUACGCUUGUUGCCUAAACGGACGCAGGACUGCCUAUGACCUGGCGAAACGGUGCGAAGAGGAGAGGGAUGUCUACCUCAACCAAACGGCUAGGGGCGCUGUUGUUCACACCGCCGAGGCCUUGGCGGGAUGUAGGAUGGAGUUCAGCCGGUGCUGUGACGGGCAGCGCGACGCUCUAAAGUCCGCUGGUGACUCACGUGCAUCAGCAAGGAAAAGUUUAGCUAAUCUACGAGGUCUGCAGCUAAAGCAGCACUGCUGUAGACAAGGCUCCAUCCAAGGAUUAGCGCCAGAAACGGACUGCGCUCAGAGCGCGAGGGAGUUCGCCUGGCGGCCUCUGAAGAGCUCCCCUGGCCGGCGUGCACAGUGUUCGGGCGAGUACAAACAGUGCUGCGCACUCAGACAGGAACAGAACAGGAAGGUGGCGAGGAUUCGCAACGCCAGGAAAGGCUGGAGACCCAAGCCAACGGUGGCUACUCUAACCGGCAUAACCCAAACCAGAGACAAAGAUACUUCUUCCAAACGUUUGUCUCAAAACGAGAAUAACAGAGAGGAAGCAAGGAUUCGCACACACAGAAAAGACCGGCAACAGAUGGUCACGCCAUCGGUGAUCACUUCAAACCAAACCAGAGACAUCGCUGAUUCUUCCGAACGUUCGUCUCAAAGUUCUGUCACCAAAAUGGAGGAAGGACCCCAUCUCGAGAUUUCUAACGCAGACCACGUUGCUUCAACCGCGACACCUUACCAACACGCGGAGGAAAUUGUACCUCUUAGCGCAAGACGUGCAUCCAGUGAAACGAACAGCUCUGGGGCCAACCGAGAGAAGGCAGAAAACUUGAAAACAAUCGGCAGUCCGGACAAAAGAGUGAAAUCGUCAUCAAGAUCUGAGAGAUCUAAAAAGGCCGCGAAAGCGCCGAAGUCGUCAGCAAAGGGAAGGAGACGUACCCGCAGACGCCACCGAGUUGUCCGCACACGCCCCGGCCCGCCCGCUGGGCUGCUGAACGACGCCUCACACAGGCGCGCGCUGCGGCUAUGCUGCAUGCACGGUGGCCGCGUCGAUCCCAACGUGUUCCAGCCCCGCUCCUGUAGCCUGGAGGCCGACAGCUACGCCCGCGGGACGAGGCUAACGGGCCCGGUGCGCACAGUGUGCAAGGAAGUGUACGAGCACUGCUGCCAGACUGGGAACGAGACGCAUCCGGGACACGCCCAACAUCCGGGACAUGGUCGCAGCGCGGUCAGGUCACCAGGUCGGAAAGUCAGGCAGUUUAUAAAGAACCGGAGACGAAAAUGGGCAAAAUUGUUCCAAAACAGCAAACCUGUGCGUUCUACUGGCUAG